GCCCGGGAACGGGGCAGCCUGAGAACAGCCGACGUCGAGCUGGCAACUCCGGCUCCUUCGUCCGCCCCUGCAGCCCCCUCUCCCGGCAGAAGCAGAGCCGGUCUACAGCUCAGCGAUGUCGGAAGAGUGCCUAGACGAGCGCUUUCUUUACAUGAUUUCCUGCUUCAGGCCGCGGCUGAAGCGCUGCAUCCGAGUGCAGCCGGUGCUGGACUGGCUGCCCUCGCUGAGCGCAGAGGAGAAGGAAAAGGUGCGGACGGCGGCGUUGCAGCGCGGAGAGGUGGAGGGGGCCGAGGAGCUGCUGCGCGCCGUGGAACGCGGCCCACGCGACCGCGGCUGGUACACUGAGUUCCUACUGGCGCUGAAGAAAGGAGGCUGCGACCUGGCCGCUUGCUACGUGAACCCCAGCCAGCUGCCCUCGCCCCGGGAGGAGGACGACCACGACCUCUGCGUGCACCUGGUGCAGCUGCUGCACGGCACGCUGGUGGAUAACAUGCAGACCAGACAGGUGGCUGCGAAGUGUCUGGAGCUGGGCAUCUUUCAGGAGGAGGACCUGGUUGGGAUUGAGACUGUUACUGACAGUCGUGGGAACAGAGAUGGUGCAAGGGAGCUGUUGAGCAGAAUAGUGCAGAAGAAGGACUGGUUCUCUCAGUUUUUGGUUGCUCUACGAGAAACCCAACAUGAAAGUCUUGCAGAUGAUUUAAGUGGAAAUACAGGAGGAACAGAGAAUAAAGAAAAUGAGUUGAAGAACAAUACAAGCAAAGAACCAGAAGAUACAAGCCAACAUGGACGUGCUGUAAUGGAGGAUUUGAAACAGCUAGAAAAUUUGGAUGACAGUUUUGUGAGAGAGAGCAGUGUAUUAGAAACUUCUGUUGGAAAGAACUCUGUAGUUUCAGAAUCACUUGGCGCUGUAGGAGAUGCAAGUGUCAGUAACUUGAAUGAAAACCUGGGACAGAACAGCCCGACCAGUGAUUCAGGUGAAGAUGAAGCAGAGGGCAGAGCUUCACCUGAGCCAGAUCUCACCCUGAGAGAUUACCAGAUGGAAGUUGCAAAACCAGCACUGAAUGGGGAGAAUAUUAUAAUAUGUCUCCCUACAGGCAGUGGCAAGACCAGAGUGGCUGUUUACAUUACCAAAGAUCACUUGGAUAAGAAGAAAAAAGCAUCAGAGCCAGCAAAAGUUAUAGUACUUGUUAAUAAGGUGCCGUUAGUGGAACAGCAUUUACGAAAGGAGUUUAAUCCAUUCCUGAAAUGCUGGUAUCAAGUUAUUGGUUUAAGUGGUGAUUCUGAGCUGAAAAUCUCAUUUCCUGAAGUUGUCAAAAGAAAUGAUGUCAUCAUUUGUACAGCACAGAUCCUGGAGAAUUCACUGCUAAAUGCCACUGAAGAAGAUGAAGGUGUCCACUUGUCAGAUUUUUCACUCAUCAUUAUUGAUGAGUGCCAUCACACUCAAAAGGAAGGUGUUUACAACAAUAUCAUGCGACGUUACUUAAAAGAUAAGAUCAAGAACAGAAAGCAGGCAAAAGAAAACAAACCUUUGAUUCCACAGCCUCAGAUUCUGGGACUUACAGCCUCACCUGGAGUCGGCGGUGCAAAAAAUAAACCGAAAGCUGAAGAACAUAUUCUGAAAAUCUGUGCCAAUCUUGAUGCAUGCAGAAUAAUGACUGUUAAAGAGCAUGCCUCUCAACUGAAGAACCAGGUGAAGGAUCCAUUUAAGAAAACUGUGAUUGCAGAUAACAAAAGAAAGGAUCCAUUUAGAGAAAGAGUUAUUGAGAUCAUGCAAGAUAUUCAAAAAUAUUGCCAGCUCUAUCCAAAAUCCGAGUUUGGAUCACAGCCAUAUGAACAGUGGGUGAUUAGGGAAGAGAGAAAAGCUGCAAAAGAAGAAAAACGCAAGGAACGUGUCUGUGCAGAACACUUGAAGAAAUAUAAUGAUGCACUGCAAAUCAAUGAUACCAUUCGAAUGGUUGAUGCAUACAAUCACCUAAAUAACUUUUACAAGGAGCUAAAAAGGAAGAAGACAGCAGGGAGUGAUGAUGAUGAAGAACCACUAGUAUCAAAAGAGGAUGAAACAGAUGAAUUUUUAAUGGGUUUAUUUCAUGCAAAAAAGAAACAGCUGAAAGAGUUGGCUAGAAAGCCAGAAUAUGACAAUGAGAAGCUAAUGAAGCUCCGAAACACUUUAAUGGAAGAGUUUACAAAGACUGAAGAAUCAAGAGGGAUUAUUUUCACGAAGACUCGACAAAGUGCCUUAGCUCUAUACCACUGGAUUAUGGAUAACCCUAAAUUUGAAGAAGUGGGAAUCAAAGCUCAUUACCUUAUUGGUGCUGGACACAAUAGUGAAACUAAACCUAUGACUCAGAAUGAGCAAAGGGAAGUCAUUGAUAAAUUCCGAGGUGGAAGUAUAAACUUACUUAUUGCUACUACUGUAGCUGAGGAAGGCCUAGACAUCAAAGAGUGUAACAUUGUUAUUCGCUAUGGUCUGGUCACCAAUGAAAUUGCUAUGGUGCAGGCCCGUGGUCGAGCUCGAGCUGAUGAGAGCGCUUAUGCACUUGUGGCCUCAAGUGGCUCAGGAGCUGUUGAACGUGAAGAUGUAAAUAUUUUCCGUGAAAAUAUGAUGUAUAAGGCCAUUCAACAUGUCCAGCAGAUGCCACCAGAAGAGUAUUUGAACAAGAUUCAGGACUUCCAGUUGCAAAGUAUAAUGGAAAAACAAAUGAAGACAAAGAGAGAUCAGCGUAAGACAUAUAAGAAAAACCCUUCACUAAUAACAUUCCUGUGCAAGAAUUGCCACAAGCUGAUAUGUUCUGGAGAAGAUAUACAAGUUAUUGAAAAUAUGCAUCAUGUCAGUGUGAAAAAAGAUUUCCAACUUUUUUACCAUACAAGAGAAAACAGGACUUUGCAAGACAAGCAUGCUGAUUACCAGGCAAAUGUGGAAAUUAUAUGUAAAGAUUGUGGACAAGCCUGGGGAAAUAUGAUGGUUUAUCGAGGUCUUGACCUGCCUUGUCUAAAGAUUAGAAAUUUUGUGGUUGCUUUUGAAGACAAGAAAACAACAAAGGAGAUUUUCAAGAAAUGGGGAGAACUGCCCAUCAGGUUUCCUAAUUUUGAUUAUGCAACUCAUUGUCCUUCAAGUGAUGAAGAUUAAGGACUCAGAAUGAAAAUAAAGACUUCAAAAUCUUCACUGGCUGCUGUUUAGAAGCUCCUUUGUCUUGUAGAGUUCUGCACCAUAGACACUGAAACAUAAACCCUAUCAAGGCUCCUGAAUUCCUUAAAAAACUGCCUUGAAGAGGAGAAAAGGCCCAAGGAAGAAGGACAAAGUCACAUGGUAGCUGUCUCUGCUUCAAUUUGUUCUGAUACUCCAGAACAAAGAACAAAUGCAUUGUAGUGGUGUGCAUUCAUGGAACAAAUUCCCUUCUCAGUACUGUCCAGUGUGGCUUGACAACACUCAAAUGCAUGUUAGGUAACCUGUCUUCAAGCACAGAACAUGAGACAGACUUCUUGAGACUUGCCGUGGUGAUUGGUUUCAGUUCUACUUUCUUCUACAACCUUUGUGAAGAUAAAGUGUCUUUAAAAAGAAUCCAUGUAAAGAGAGCAAAUUACUUGGUUGUUAUUUCUGAGUCGUUGUUUCUUCAGUGUUUUCAUGAUUUAGUCUUUCACCUUAUCUUUAGCUAUAAGCUUAUAGAUUUUUAUGAAGUAAAAUUUCAUUAGAAGACAUUUUAAAAAAUCAAGCCCUUAAAUUUACUUGAAACGGAUUAUUUUAAUGUCCAUGAAGCACUAUGCCAAGUGACUUUCUUUGUGUUAGUUUCAUACAAUCUUUAAACUGCCUAUGCAAUAAUGUGUUUUUUUUCCAAUAAAUGACUGUAAUGAAUAGCAUUUGCCAACUUUGAUGCUGUAUAGUCUGUUUCAUUGUAAUUAUUAUGACAGUAAAAAGACUACAGUUUCACCCUAGAAAUGUAUGGUGGUAUUCUGACUGUAAAAAUAGCAAAAUGCAUCACUGUAAUUAUUUUAUUGACAGAUUUUUCUUUUCUCUUUUACAUAAGAUAUUGGAGUGAGAGAUCUGUUUGUUGUUACAACAGUCAGCUCUGUAAACCCAGUGGUAUGUUUACUGGAAUGAACAUGUAAACACUUCAAUAGCCCAAGGUAAAAUUUUGAAGUUUCAAUUAAGCUAAAGAGUAUAACUCAGCAAAAAGAAACUUCUUACAUCUGGAUUUGUAUUGUUCUACAUUCUUAAUAGGAAUAUAAAUACUUUGUAAAUUAUUUAAAAUCAGAUUUUGUUUCAAGUGUGCAUCAGGACCAGAUUUUUUUUUUUUUUUUUUUUUUUUUCUUCAUGUUUGACCUUAUUUUGAGGGGGGAAGUGUCUCAUUUUUAACAGAAAUGUGGCAUGUUUCAAGCAUCAUCAAACUGACAGGCUAAUUUGUGGAGAAGUACUUACUUAUAAACAUAUUAUAGUAUUACAAAACAAAUAUUCAUCCUGAUAAGUUUUUACUGUAGAUGUUUUGUAGAUUCACUGUGCUUAACCUACAGAAAUUGUGUCUUAUAGGUUGAAAUUGUUCUAAGAAAAGGAAAACAUGUCAGAUGUAUUGAAAGUUAAGAGGCUAUACACAUUAAGAUCUUUCAAGACACUGCAACUUUCAAGACAUUGCAACGAUACAACUGAAGCAGGAAAAUCCAGUGGGAAACAGAGUAUAAGGAGUUGGUAGUCUAUGUAUAUUUUUAUUGUGUGUGUCUUUACACAAUAUUAUUCCUUGCUUAAAAUAUUUUGCAGUGCAAAACAAAUAUAAAAUCUCCAAUUUCUUUGUUUGGUGUUGCAUAAUUUGUUAGAUUUUAUUUAAAAAAAAAAAAAAAAAAAAGUGAAACAAAAAGAAACCAAACCAACAUUUCCUUCAUAUAUUGUCCUGUAAGCAAGUUACUCUCUUUCUUAUAUUGGUAUUUUGACUACUACUGAAAGUUAUGGUGACUUUUGAAUCUACUUAAUUCUGUAGGUUUGAUUUUAGAUAUGGAUCUGAGAAUCUGACUAUUUAAAGAUACUGUAGUUUGAUAGAUCAUGGAGCAUUGGGACUUAAGAUGUAUUUUGUUAAAGUGAUCAUUAUCUGAUGUGACAAAUAAGAUGCUAUGAAAUAUUCUAAGAAUUAAAUAUCAGAAGAGUUUAUCUUGGCAAGUAAUUAUCCAGAUAAUCUUUGCAUUUCUUUUUAUAUGAAUUGUCACAGUUCUUUGAAGAAAACUUUUAAAUCAGGAAACGCUUGUGACAUGUUUAGAGUAUAAAUGUAACAUAUAUCUAUAAUUUCCAAAUACCUGUAGUUUAUUCAGCAUUUUGAGGAAAUUUAUAAACCUGGUAAAACUGUAUCACUGGAUCUGUUGCUUCUGUACUAAGUAGAUCUUCUGAACUCUAAAUACUUCAAUGAAGCAAGAAGGAGCAUAUGCAACUUGGUUUCUUCAUUCUUUUAUAAUUGAAUUCAACAUGUCUAGUCUUCUUGUAGUCCACUUGUGUGCUACUGUCACACUUCCAAUUCUUAGCGUGAUUCAACCAGGUUGUCACCAAAGCUGAAAGAUACAAUCUCAUUUCAGCAUAAUGGAUAACAAACCUCAGGUGAAUCCUGCAGGCUUGUAGAAUAAGGAUUUCCAUUUCAAAUCAUUGUCUCUGAGUGGGAUUAUAAAACGUGCCUCUAUUGCUCAUCCAGGAAGCGUGAAGUUGUAAAAAGCAAGCUAAAUUGCCGUGUUUUAUCUUCCAGCUGCUUAUGCAUUUAUUGCCUUUAUGGACUCAAAGUCCUCCAGGGAGUGUGACAAAUCCUGACUGCAUUUUCUACUUACAGCUUUUAUUUGUUCAUAAAUGUGGAAAGAAGAAAAACUUAGUCACCGGGGAUUUGUUUAGCUGUGUGUUUGGCUUCAGCUUUAGUUGUUUUUUACAUUAUUCUAUCUACUUUUGGUCUGCUGUCAUGCACAACCUACAUCUGUAAAUGUCCGUUCCCACAUCUGGAAAAUAUAAAUAUUUUAGAGUAGUACUGAAAGAAUUAACGUUUAAUUCUUUGUGUAUACUGGUAUAAACAUGGCAGAGAAGGGUCUCAGGAGCAGUAGCUGUACAAAACUUAUGAGGGUCAUUCUUUGCCGGGUAAAUUUUGGUUUGUUUCUAAUGCUCCAGUGUUUGUAAAUCUUGAUGAAGCAUGUGCAUUUUGACUUCCAAAUUAGAAAAACCCACAAUAUGCAGCAUAUAGUCACUUAGCAAAGUCAUUUGGAUCUUGUGAGUUUGAGUCAUUUCCUUUGAGGCAUUCUCUAAAUUAUUCCUUAGAGGAAAUAAAAACUAUUAACUGAGCAAAA